AUGCGAGGGCGAGGAGGGGAGCGAUGGCCAGAGCAGGACGCAGCGAGGUGCGAGAGUGGCGAGGGCGAGGGCGCGUGCGAGGGCGAGGGCGAGGGCGAGGGCGAGGGCGAGGGCAGGGCGACAGCACAGCGAGGGCAGGAGGGCGGCGAUGAGGGUGAGGAGAUUACUCGUAAACAUGUAUGCCGUGAUGUAUGCGGUGGACCGUUGUUUUCAGGAUUUGCCAAAGUAGAUGAAAGCGGCAGAGGAUUGAAACAACAAUAACAACAAAUCCAGUGGUUUCGCGGGAAACUGCUGGUGCGAGGCGAGAGCUGGCUGCCGGAGGCCGUGGAGGCCGGCGAGGGCGUGGAGACCGCGUGCAGGGCAGGGAACGCGUGCCCGCCCGCCGCCCCCGCCGACGCCGCCGACCUGCUGCGGGAGCUGCACGUGGUGUGGCCGCCGCUCGUCGCUGCCCCAGUCGUCGCGGCGCUGCUGCUGGCGCUCGC